UAAACCGCAAGCAGGCUUUCGAUGGUGGAGAAAACUAACGUCUCGAGUCGGGUUCGUCGAUUAGUACGUGAAGUGUUGUUUCCUCGCCAGGAUAUUCAUCAAAUAGAAUCAGUUAUGUUGAUGUACUAUAUGCGUGAGCUUAGUAAUUAGUGAUACAUUUGCCGCCAUUGUCCCCGAGCGUGUCCCAUUAUUAAGUCGUUGACGAUCGAGCGGUAAAAAGUGGAAGUGAACAAACAGAAAGCCAUCAUUGUAACACAUAUGCAAUACGACAAAAAGAUUCGUGAGAAACAAGAAUCGACCGAUCAAAUGUGUGCUCAAGCCUCGAAAAAACCUGGCCAUCACGUUCCCGUUCGACACUAGGCCUGUGUGUUCCGAUCAGGCCGGAGGAAAAGAAGAAGAAAAAGAGGCUUAUUAAUAUAUUAAUUUCUUUUUGAUUGAUAUGUUGUGUGUUGAAUGAAAACAUAAAAACGUGAAAGAAAGCAAAAGCCCGUGGUGUCGGAAGACCACAUUUCGCGCCUGGUCCGGGUCUAUACGGUGUGAAGCUCUUCGGACCUGCGGACGGAAGCUAGGUACAGAGGGGGUACAACUUUUGCGUGGUGUCCAAAAACGGCGUCGUGCGAUCUGUGAGGGGUCCUCCCCGAGAGUAGUGUUGUUGCUUGCCACCCCCCGCGUGAGAUCAACAGAGUGCGCGAGUGUUCAGUGUUUGGUCGCUGUUCCUGCCCAAGCUGCUUCUGCUGCCGGCGGAGAGCAAGGAGUGCCAGAAAAGAUAUACUUUGCCGGGCUCCCUCUGAAACCCGCCGCACAUUGCGACACAAAAAAACAUCAUCAUCAUCCAGAGACAACAACCGGGGGUCGGGCACAGCUUUUGCUGAAGCACAAAAAGAGUAUCAAAGCGUUAAUAGCGUCGACCACCACUAGCAAACAGUUUGGCGCAAAGAGUUCGGGAAGAAAAAAAAACGAGUUUUGUUUUAUUUGGAACCCACGACCAAAAAAGAAAAAUAUUGAUUUCGGUCAAGUUCAAAGUAAUUUUUUGCAACGUUUACACAAAUACACGAACCCUGCCAGCUUGGAACAAGUUUAUUAAAUUAUCUACAAAAUCGGCUCUUGCCGGACCCUUCUCGCCGGCACGGCAGAGUGGGGGGGGGAGUGGAUACGCACGGUUUCAGUUUUGGAAGGAAGUGAAGUUUGCUGAGAGCUUUUAGGCGCGCAUGGCGUGGAAAAUGGAUUCAGUGCUGGGAAAAGAGGCAGCCGAAAGAAACGCGUUUGUUUGAUUUAUGCGCGCCAAAGAGGAUUAGUCUCUGAAGUGGAACCCGUCGAAUGCAGUGCUAAGCAAGCCUGGGACUGGUUGGGCCGUUUCGGUAUCGUGUAUUUAAGAACUUGUGAUCGGUAGUAUCGCUGUGGAGGGAUUAGGUGCAAUUAUCAGUAUUCGUAAGCUUAUUGAGGAUAUUUAUCGUUAAAGAGGUGAGCGGUACUCGAUCUGUUGUAGGUGGAACCUCGUGCGUCGUCAGCCGCCGCCAUCGCCCCAAAAAGCCACAACCGCUGACCAUGAGUGUGCCACGAUACAAACUAAUAUUCAUACUGAUUUUUUUCAUCCACCAUCGAGCGAACGCCAAUGAUCCGCACGCCCCGGUUUUUUCGCGGCCUGGCAGCCGAGGUGGUGCAUCCAAUUUGGCCCAAGACACCAAAAGCCGUUCUUCCAUUUUUUCCCCAAGACUCGACUACAACGAGUGGCUUCCCGUCGGCCGAGGCGAUCCUUUGAAAAAUGAUCCGACUUACGACUACAGUCCUCCAGUGCUGGACCGGGUGCGCUAUUGGCCCGAAAAUCUGGCCAACAAGGACAAAGGAAGCGACAUCCUAUUACUUGGAGUGCCAUCGAAAAAGUCCAGCUCGAAGGCGGAUCAACAAUAUCAACAGCCAUGGGCAAACAGUGGUCCGGUGCGAAGGACUUACUAUCACCAUCAAAUAAAUCAGUUACCAACAGUCUUGAUGCCGCCUCCGCUCAGCAAUCACAUACAGCAGGAAGGUAGUGAUGGGUAUCUGUGGGCACAAGCAAGUACCAACCAUCCACAGCGGUUUGAGUCGCAAGCAGAAGGAUUCCGAUACAAACCAGGUCCAGCUUCUUAUCCUGCUCACAGCUUCGUGAAUCAAUAUUCAGGCCCGAAACAUACAGAUGUACCAUUACAUCAGAUGACUUCAUAUCAACCACAACAACAACAACAAUCGCAUCACAACCAUCCCUACACAACCACCAUUCGUCUAGUAACUCCCAAUGACCUGAGUCAAAAGAAACCGAUCCUGCACACAAUUCUUCAAAAUGAGAAAGCCUAUCCAUUCACAAAAUCCACCGUGACCAGCGCAAUAACCGAAUACACCCCAAGCUUCUACAACCCGCAAAGCAUCAACGCCAUGGCCACGACCAUAAUUCACCCGCCACAAACAACGGAAUAUCUUACAUCGGAAACCUCGAACGACAUCCCGGCGGUCAGUGUGAACAUUCGAGCCCCUGCAGUAACUCCAACCGCAUUCAUGGCUGCGAUGACGACAACCAGAUCUGACACAACUUCUACUACAACUGUGACACCUCCGCCCUCAGUGACCGCCGACUCCUUAUUCUCUCACUACAAUCAACCGCCCCGUCCACCCAAAAGUCCACUGUACCUGAUAAUCGAGGGUCACUCGAAGGUCAAAACCUACGGAUUGAACAAUAAUAACACACUGCUGCGACCUCCGAUGAUGGUUCCGGUUGCAAGUUCCGAAGAUCCCGUGAACCGGCGUGUAGUCAACCGAGCUGAAUCGGGCGAUGAAAUGGAAGUGUCUCACAUCUCCAUGAAACUGACCACAAGCACCACAACUGCGGCACCCCCGGCAUCCGAUGAGGAAAGUAGUGCUGAAAAAUCUGCGAUUGACUCCCUGCUCGGUCUGCUGGAAUCUUCCUUUGGCGGUUAUCUUCUGAGAGGCGAUUCCGGUGGAAAUGCUAUCGACAGUGCCGAAGGUGAUAAAGAUUCCAAAGCUCGUAGAAAUGCCCGAGACAUUCGGGGCUGGUCACAACAACAACAACAACAGCAGCGGCAGAAACAGCAGGUGUUCGUUGAAGGAUCUUUUCUAGUCGGAGAAAAGUCCUGCUCCGAGUCGGCAGCUUUCGACUGCUACCGAAAAGGAGUCGUACUGGAUGAAAGUGCCACUAUUAUCGAGGAUGCAUUUAAGUAUUGAGGAGAAAUGAUUUUUUUUGUUUUGGAUGGUAAAGGACCGGCGUUAUUUUUUGUUUCUUCCUCGAAAUUCGGUUCUGAAGUAUUGUUAAGUUUGGAUAUUUUAAAAGUUUAUGAAGCUGAUGUAUUUUCCACGGUUAUUUCGUGGUAAGUUGUUCGAAUAUCAUGUGACCAUCUGUACAUAGAAACAAAUAGAAUUAAGCUCUAGUCUCCUAAGAUUCACUAGGCUAAGGAUAAGCUCUCUCACGCGCAGCAUCAUCCAAAAGUUCUCUGUGUCAUUUUUUAUGUGAAAAUGUAGCAAGUAGAGAUAAAUCAUUGUAUUGUUAGCGAUGCUUUUAAUGAUAGAAGUACUAC